CUGGGUCUUAACGAGAAUGUUCCGCGGGAUGCUCUAGACAAGGCACCGAGAUCUGACGUCCGGUCCGGCGACGAGAAGGAUUUGACCGUCUCUUAUGCCAAGCUCCCCGUGGAGCCGAUGUGCGGCGAGCGCGCCUGGCUGAGUGACUUCUCGCGGGUACUCCAGAGGUGCCAGUCUGGGGUGAGAAGUCCCAGGGCGCUGUCGAAUAGCGCUCUGUGC